AGCUACGGUAGACAUUUCAUCAGCUCCAUUGGUGGAGGGCCUCGCGAACAGGGUUUCAAGAUUUUUGUCUAGCUUACAGAUUUGAAUAAUCAUCAUCUCCUUGUUCUGGAACCAAUUUGUUGUAUCACUGGAAGCUAUAUAUAAUGGCCACCGGGCAGUUUAUAGAUUCUGCAACCAGGAAGUCAAAAUCUAAAGCAUCAUCAGAAGUGCAACUUUGUGUUGAUGGUGUACCUUUUACACUAGACAGGGAACUUCUGGCUUCUAAAUCAUCAAAGCUAGCUGUGUUGCUCAAAGAUCAUCCAAGUGAGGAUCUCACAAAUGUUCUUAGAGAUGCCCCUGCUGACCCAGAAACAUUUGAGCUAGUUGCAAGAUUCUGCCAUGGUUACGAAAUCAACCUGUCAACCGAAAAUGUCACGCAUGUUGCUUGCCUAGCCCACUACCUUGGAAUGACUGAGAGCCACUGCACCAAUAAUUUGUUCAGCAAGGCUCUGGACUUCUUUGAACACCAAGUUGUUUCUAGUUGGAACAAAUCCAUUAGAGCCCUCAAGGCCGCAGAGGAUAUUCUUCAACAAGCAGCGGAUCUUGGCCUGGUUGGUGCCUGUGUCGAAUCAAUAAUCUUAAAGGCUUUGGAACAUCCACAUCUUCUUGGAGAAUCAUUCAAGGACUUGACCUCCAAUGAUGAAGGAGAGGACAAUGAAAAUUACUUCAGGCCAAAUGUGCGGAGGAAACUCUUUGCUUUGGAAUGGAAAUCUGAAGAUUUGUCAAUAUUGUCUCUCAGGCUCUAUGAGCCCAUCAUUGGUGCAAUGAUUGAGCGGGAAAUCCCAGCAGAAUACAUAGCUGCAGCUGUAUGUCAGUAUGCAAAAAAGUGGGUACUUUUCAGCAUGAAAGAAGGGGAUGAUGGUUCAAUUUACAAGAAAAGUAUCCAGAGAGAGAUAAUUGAAGCAGUGGAGAGAAUGUUACCAAAUGCAAGAGGACUAAUACCCUGCGCAUUACUAUUUGAAAUGCUACGGUCUGCAAUAGCCUUGGAUGCUAGUAACGAGUGUAGAAAUGGAUUUGAAAUCAGGAUUGGGAAGCAAUUAGACCAGGCGACUGUGAAAGAUCUCCUGAUACCUUCUCAAGGAUAUGCCAAGGAAGAACGGUAUGACACAGAAUGCGUGAGGAGGCUCAUGAAGAAUUUCUAUCGCAAUUAUACUGGAAAAGAUGGACAUGAAUUGAUCACAGUGGCAGAACUUAUUGAGAACUUUCUGAUUGAAAUUGCUAGUGACAUAGACUUAAAGAUGAGCACAUUUAUAUCACUUGCUGACUUUUCACUUGCAGCAUCUAGAGGAAUUCUACAAAAUUCAGAUGGAAUGUACAGGGCUAUAGAUAUCUACUUAGACAAGCAUAGAUAUCUGACAGAAUCUGAGAGAGAAGAGGUAUGCCACCUGUUGGAUUGCAGCAAGAUGUCUCCAGAAGCUUGCUUACAUGCUUCAAGGAAUGAAAGAUUGCCUGUGAGAGUAAUGGUGCAAGUGCUAUUUGCAGUUCAGUUGCAAAUGCGAGAGACUAUGCCAAAGGAAAUCAAGGGAUCAGAGGAGGGGAGAUUAUUUUUAAAAGGGGCAGAGGAAGAGGAAGAGGAAGAGGAAGCAGCAACAAGGGGUUGCAACAGCGAAGAAGAAGUGAUCAAGGCAGAGAUGGAAAAGAUGAGCAGCAAAGUGUUGGAACUGGAAAGAGAAUGCGAUAUGAUGAGAAGGGAAAUCCUGAAUGGUAGCUGCAGGAAAGCUAGAAAAGGAAAAGUGAACAUGUGGAAAGAAAUGAAGAGGAAGUUAGGAUGCAUAACCAGCAUGCAUGAUUGCAACUGCCAUGUCAAGAAGAAGAAGGUCCAUCCAAAAUAGGAAUGCAAAUAUCAGCUUUCUUUCUUUGUACUCUUUUUCCUUAUUCUUUUGUUUUUUUGACUUGAAUAUGUCUGAUAGGAUAUUUCUGGAGAUUGCUUAUUAAUUGAUGGGACGACUAUGAAUGUUCUGCUCUAACUAGACCUUGAUCUUUUGGCAGUUCUAGUUUAAGUGGUUCUCAUUUCAAGUUUCAUUUUUUCAAUUAUUUGUUGCUAAGUCAAAAGUUAUUUUCUACUUCUUAGAUUAUGUUGGAAAGUGAAACUAUGUAAUUUUCCAUAGUACGGCACAGCACCUGUGAUGAUACAGAUUUUUGUUGGU